GGCUGGCUCAGCAGUUCCUGCUCAGUGCCCUGUCACAGCAUGCAAGAGACAGGUGGAGGUGAGCUAGAAGAAGGGCAGGAACAGGUUGUAGGAUAUUCUGGAUGAAGACAAUUAAUUGUUACUUGCUGUUACUUUGCUGGAAAGCAAUUUGUGGUAAUAUCUGUGAGCUGUCCAAUAUCACCAUAGCAGUGGAGAAGGAGGAGUGCAGGUUCUGCAUUAGUGUGAAUGCCACUUGGUGCUCUGGAUACUGCUUCACAAGGGAUCCAGUGUAUAAGUACCCCCCAGUAUCAUCAGUUCAGCAAACCUGUACUUUCAAGGAGCUUGUUUAUGAAACAGUGAAGAUCCCUGGAUGUGCUGACCAUGCUGAAUCAUUUUAUUCAUACCCAGUGGCUACCGAGUGCCAUUGUGAGUCAUGUGAUACUGACAACACUGACUGCACUGUGAGAGGCUUAGGACCAAGCUACUGCUCCUUCAACCAAAACCAAAGCAAAGAAUAAGAAGUACUGGAGAUGUUAGUUUAGUUUUGGUUUUCUGUUUUAAAUAUGUAAAUGUAUUGUAUUAAAAUGGUACAAAGAGGGCAGGACAGCAAACAAAGAAAUUUACAUAGUUUAAAACAAUUAUAUUAGCAAUAUAUAAAAUGGAGAGCUACAGCUUAUAUUUGUCUUCAGUGGCUUCCUCUCACAUUACAAAUCAAGGUCAGUUUCCUUUUGAUCAACUUCAUUAUCCUUCCAACAUUUUUGCCCUUAUCUCAGCCAACACUCCCUUCCAUUCUCUACACACCUCCAUUCUGUCUUCCCUCGUGGCUCCAUUUGUCUCCUGCUGCUCUCAGCUUUGCAUCUUAUUCCAUGCCAUCCCUUUUGCUUCAAACAGCUUCCCACCAACCAUGCACCAAGUAGCUUUUAUCCCCUCAUUCUACUCCCCCUUAGAACACAUUUAUUUUUAAAAGC